GGCGUGUCUUGAGACUUGAGCGUAAAUCAUGGGUUGGUUGUUCAGCAAGGUUUUAUCAUUGAAACACUGCAUUCCUUUAAGCCCGGAGUGGAGGAUACACACUUCUGAGACAAUAGCAUUGUUACCCUCAUCAACACAAACAUGAAUCAAAUAACAGAGAACGUCAUUCUUGAAAGUUUUUCAGGUUACUUUUACGAUGACUAUGAGAAUGUAACAGAGGGGCCUUCUGAUGGAAAAAUGUACAUCUGCAACAAUGAGAGUAACCAACUGCAUCUGUUUCACACCGUGUUUCAACCUCUUGUAUAUGGUGUGGUUUUUUUCCUGGGCCUAAUAGGAAAUGGCCUCCUUUUGACCGUUCUGCUUAAACGGCGGAGGAACCUGCGCAUCACAGAGAUCUAUCUGCUACAUCUGGCACUGGCUGACCUGCUCCUCCUCUUCACUUUACCGUUUGUAGUUACUGAAGGGGUAGUCGGAUGGCUUUUCGGAAACUUCCUGUGCAAGCUAUUGGGCCUUGUUAAUCGCCUAAAUCUGGUGUGUGGGAGUCUGCUUUUGGCAUGCAUCGGCUUUGAUCGCUACCUCGCUAUUGUGCACGCCAUCCCCAGUCUCCAGACCCGUCGGCCUAAGACCGUUCACCUCACCUGUGCACUGCUCUGGCUCCUGUGCCUAUUUGUGACCAUUCCCAAUAUGGUGUUCCUGUCUGUGGAGAAAGGCAAGAACAACCCUUCCAGAUUCUUUUGUUCUUACAACAACCAUGCCAUCCAUGCAAACAACUGGAUGCUGACCAGCCGCUUCAUCACACACCUGCUGUGCUUCUUUCUGCCUCUGGUAAUCAUGGGGUACUGCUAUACUACUGUAAUCAUCACUCUUUGCCAAAGCCAGAGAAGUCUGGAGAAACAGGGAGCAAUUCGAUUGGCCCUACUGGUUACACUGGUUUUCUGUCUGUGUUGGCUACCGUAUAAUAUCACCAUUUUUAUGCAUACCCUGGUGGUAUUGGGUGCUGUGCCUGAGAGCUGCCAUACUCGCAACACACUGAGCGAGGCGAUAAUAGUGACUGAGAGCAUUGGCUUCUCCCACUGUUGUCUGAAUCCAAUCUUGUAUGCCUUCAUUGGGGUCCGUUUCCGAAGAGACCUCCUGCAGUUGUUUGCGAAGAUAAAGUGUCUGCGUGUAUGCCUGUCAGGUCAGCGCACAAAAAAUUCAAACAGGGUAUCUGUCUCAGAGGCUGUUACUACUACAACAAGUAGCCAAUACAUCUAAUAGCAGCUGGACAUUUUUGUACAUUUUUUUAAAUCUUUAAAUCGCCAACUAUCUGUGAUUUACAGCUUUACCUGCACCCUGAGCCAAUCACUGCAUAUGACUAAAUGCACAUAAUGCGAGCGCUUGAAAUCAUAUAAAUUUGGACAAUCUGUUAGUCAAAGACUGAAUUUCAUUAAUAAGCAAAUCUAAGCAUAGUAAAUGAAAUGUUGUAGUGCUUUGCAUUGUUUUGAAUGGAUUAUAUUUAAUACUAGAUAACAAAUGGUUUUGUAACAAAUCUUUGGAAAUAAAAAGUGAUAUAAUCCUA